UAUCAUCAUCUAACUAUAACCUUUAUCAGAGAAACAAUCAUAAACAUCUGUAUUAAUAUCAUGUAACUAUUACCUUUAUCAGAAAAACAAUCAUUAAUAACUGUAUUAAUAUCAUGUAUAACCUUUAUCAGUAUUCCAGGUAACAAUUCACCGUUUGCAAGCUUGGUUCGUAUGGGUUUCGGGCUAGCAUGCUUUUCUGCUAUUGUCCAGUAGCUCAUGAAGAAUCUUUUUUCCUCGAUGACCAUUGACGUAGAGGGGCCUAACAUCAGUUUUUUAAACGCAUGUGAAAUAUGGCUUGAAGUCUUAACCUACCAAAUGCGAUGUUUUCAUCAGUGGUGACAUAUCUUAGCCAUGUAGUGUCAGGCAUAGGAGUCAAGUCAGAAGAAGAAAGUACAACCUCUUAAUCAGCUCCUCCAACGUCAUGAAUUAUCAAAAAGUCCCCUUCGAACAUAAAUCAGAUAAAUGCAAAGCCAAUACAAAGCUCCACGAAAAGGCCGAAUGGGAAUUGGCGGACUCCCAGGAGAAGGCGGCUGAACUGACGAAGGAGAAACUCACACAACCACCUGUAUAAGCUAAUGCUGAGCACUCUGAAAACCAUUUAUUCUUCAUAUUGAUGCAGUACAGGAAUUGGGGCAGUGCGUUACGGAAAGAUAAACAAAAAUCAAUCUCUGUGCUAGUGGUAUAGGAGUUUGGUCAAGUGAGCUCAACUAUCCAACUCCAAAGCUUCCAUAUUUCGUUAUCAAAUGAACAGUUAUAACAAGCUUCAUGACUACAUUUGUGGUAAUACAUUUGAAAAUGUGACUGACAAUAAGCCUGUAAUAUGUGUCCUUAGAAAAGCUAAUAUUGAUGCUACUUGUCAUAGGUAGGUUGCCGCUUUAGAUAAUUACAAUAUCACAUUAAAAUGUCGAACUAGGAAGAAUAUGGAUGAUGCUGAUGGAUCCCUUUUACCUAUCGAAAGUAUGAUCUAACUUCAUCAAAGGCGAUUCGCCGGUCAAUUACCUAUUGAUGUACCACUUGGACAGCGUGCCACUGCUUGUGUGACUCAUGUGGCCAUUGGAAGUGUACAGGUUGCCAUUACUUGCCUGACUCGUAUGCCCAUUGGAAGUGUACAGGUUGCCAUUACUUGCGUGACUCGUAUGCCCAUUGGAAGUGUACAGGUUGCCAUUACUUGUGUGACUCAUGCGCCCAAUCGAAGUGUACAGGUUGCCAUUACUUGUGUGACUCAUGCGCCCAAUCGAAGUGUACAGGUUGCCAUUACUUGUGUGACUCAUGCACCCAUCGGAAGUGUACAGGUUGCCAUUACUUGUGUGACUCAUGCACCCAUCGGAAGUGUACAGGUUGCCAUUACUUGUGUGACUCAUGCGCCCAAUCGAAGUGUACAGGUUGCCAUUACUUGUGUGACUCAUGCGCCCAAUCGAAGUGUACAGGUUGCCAUUACUUGUGUGACUCAUGCGCCCAUUGGAAGUGUACAGGUUGCCAUUACUUGUGUGACUCAUGCACCCAUCGGAAGUGUACAGGUUGCCAUUACUUGUGUGACUCAUGCGCCCAUUGGAAGUGUACAGGUUGCCAUUACUUGUGUGACUCAUGUGGCCAUUGGAAGUGUACAUGCUGCCACUACUUGUGUGACUCAUGUGCCCAUUGGAAGUGUACAGGUUGCAAUAUGCUUAAAACGUUGAAAAUGAUAGGGCAUCAAAGGUCGCUUCUCAGAAUAAGGAGAGGGAUGACCAUUUAGUUCGUAACUCUAGGAGUCCUGGGGAGGAAUGUCGACCCUCGAGGAAAGCAGAAACUUGCUGUUAAUGCACUUAGCACUCAUUUUCGGCCACGUAACUAAAGCCUUAUAUUAGUAGUUAUUGCCAGUUGACCAGCCUGAGGGAAAAGAUGUUAAAGCGUCAUGAGUGAUCUAAUUAAAGAAGUUAGUUUAAAGA